UUGAGGUCAUCCUUUAUGAAUCAAUUCUCUCUCUCUCUCUCUCGGUGUCGUAUAGAAGACGGUUGGUCAGUUUGAGAGCUUCACCAUCAAACCGCCAUAGGCCCAUAGCCAUCAUUCUCUUACUCUCUUUCAUCCCCAAACCUCCCUACAAGGCUACAACCUCCAGUCAAUCACCCAAAGCCCAGCCCAGCCCAUCCCCGCCCGUUUGUCGACCCGGUUUUUCAAGGAGGCUCAGCCAGUCCGUCGAUUCUCUUCAUUGCUUGGCGAUUCAAACAUCCGCUUCUCUUCCAUUGGCAUAUCUUCACCACCAUUUUCUCCCUCUGAAACUCCUCGGCGUGUUGAACGAGAAAUUAGAGAAGAAUUUUGACGGGCCAGUUGUUCGGGUUUGACUUUCCUCGGCCGCCUUCGCUACUUUCCUGUUAUUCCAAGAGGUAUCGAGCCUUGAAGUUCUGGUGGGGAAGUCAUGGAUCAUGGAACUACUGACUCUGAACCCAGACGAAGUGGAUCAUUUAGUCACACGGGAAGUGCCAGUUCUUCAUGUAGAAGGCGCUCUAUAAGUUUUCCAGCAGCUGUACCCUUUCAUAUAGAUGAUGAAAUUGAAAGUGAGACUGUUUCGGAGGCAGGAGAUAUUGGGGAUCGGGCUCUUCAGAGCAACAGGCACAGUGAGGAUGCUAGCCUGUGCUUUUCUAUUGAUCAUGCAUCACAGAAUGGAGUAGCUGCUCCCACUUCCCUGGAUACUCUGUUGCACCCUUAUGGAUAUUGGUCUCGUGAUCCAGCAUUGAAUACAAUCUCUCCAGUGUCUCCGUUGCCAGAGGAAACUAUAUCUCCCCUUUCCGUGGAUGCAAUGGUGUGCUCUAAAGACAAAAAGCAAGAAGAGUUGCCAAAGUUAUGGGAUUAUGUUUUAUGUCUCAUUCAUUUAGCUGUUUUUGGGAUUCUUGGGGUUUUAACAAGGUAUUUACUGCAAAAAUUGUUCGGCCCUGGAGUUGUUGGCUUGACAAACAAUGAAAACAUUCUGUACCUUGACCUUCCUUCUAAUAUGGUUGGUUCUUUCUUGAUGGGAUGGUGGGGUGUCGUUUUCAAAGCAGACAUAUCCCGCAUUUCAGACUAUCUAGCGAUCGGAUUGACGACUGGUUAUUUAGGAAGUCUUACAACUUUCAGUGGUUGGAAUCAGAAAAUGCUUGAGCUUAGUGUUGAUGGCCAUUGGGUGUUUACUGUGCUUGGUUUUCUUUUAGGCUUGUUUCUUGCUGCCUAUUCCGUUAUUGUUGGUGUUGAAACAGCCAAGGGUUUUAAGUGGCUUCUAACAAGACAAAACGGAAGUUCAGGAAGUGGCAUCCGUAGCUCUAGCAGCAACUGUAGGGUUGAUAGCAGCAGGCGUCACUUGGCAGUCAUGGUGGUGUUGAUUUUAAUGCUAGUCUUGUUAUGGGGUUUAAGUGGAGAGCUAUUGAAGGAACAGUUUAGCAGUGACGGCAGUGGUGCUCAACUAUGGUUGGCUUGCAUUGUUGGACCUGCAGGUGUGUGGAUCAGGUGGUUCUUAGCCCGACUCAACGGGCGUGGGUUAGGAAGGUCCGGAUUGUUUAAAUGGGUACCGAUUGGGACUCUAAUCGCCAAUGUGUCCGCAGCUUGUGUCAUGGCAGCACUGUCUACUGUGAAGAAAGCGGUGAAUAGCCAGACUUGUGAUACUGUAGCCUCUGGCAUACAACUUGGAUUCUUGGGCUGUCUGAGUACUGUUUCUACCUUCAUUGCCGAGUUCAAUGCAAUGAGAGAAAGCACGCACCCUUGGAGGGCAUAUGCAUAUGCCUUGAUUACCAUUUGCAGCUCUUUCGGCUUGGGGACAUUGAUAUACUCUGUACCUGUUUGGACAAAGGGAUAUGGGUAGCAUGCCUUUUUUGGACAAACCAUCAUUUAUGCCUUGAAAUCUACUUGACCAGAUUGCUGAGUUGGAGUAGGACACAGUUUCACUCAAUUUUAUUAUCUGGCUAACAAGCUGUUUAUGAUAGUUCAGUGGUAGAGCCAUCUUGCACAUGCGAUGCGAGUCCAAGAAAUGAAAAAAGAUGUCUUGCGCAACUGUAGUGGCAGUGCGAUGGUGGAGCUGAUGUGAUUUUGAAAGUGCCUGCCAUUGCGGCUCACAAAAAAUGUGCAGCUGCGGUUUUUUAUUUCUAUUUUUUUAGCUGCCUAUGUCUUAUUAAUGUUCUGAUAGGGUUGAGUUAAGCUAUGAUUCAAUCAGACUUUUAGGAGUGCGGCAAUAAAAGUUGUAAGCUAUGUUAGGGAGAGAGUUAUAGCCUAUUAUUGGCGUCUAUGGUAGAGUUAGUCAGGGGAUUGAAAGGCGAUGGUUUACUCUAUUGAAAAUGUUAGUGGUUCAGAUUUGUGCCAAUAUAAAUGCUUUGAAGAGAUGAAAAUAAGCUUUGGCUUUGUAGA